UUCUAGUUCACAUGUCGUUUUCGACAAAUCCACAACAAUGACGCUUAUAGGAAGAGCCGUUGGGAGGCCAUUUCUACGGAAUAGGGGCUGGUCACGGACGAUCACCUCUGGAAGACGUCUGCUCUCGAACAAUUCCUUUUUCCAGGUCUCCGAUGAGGUGCGGGAAGCUCUGAAUUCGAAGAAACCAGUCGUAGCUCUUGAGACUACGAUAUAUACUCAUGGCUUCCCAUACCCGGACAAUGUAGCCCUAGCAUCCCUCCUCGAGAGUGUAGUCCGCGUGAACGGCGGCGUUCCAGCCACCAUCGGCAUCAUUGACGGCGUAGCGCGUGUGGGACUGAGUCCUGAAGAGUUGAUCAGGUUGGCCUCGUCAGCAGGGAAGGAAAACACAUUAAAGCUCUCCAGAAGAGACCUGAGCUAUGUCUGCGGUCUGCGAUUGGCAGGUAAGAAGUUCAAUGGCGGCACGACCAUUGCUGGAACUAUGCUGUUGGCCCACCUCGCUGGUAUCAAAGUGUUUGGUACUGGUGGGCUUGGUGGAGUUCAUCGCGGCGCCGAGUCUAGCAUGGAUAUCUCCGCUGACCUCACCGAGCUUGGACGCACUCCUGUGACGGUCAUCAGUAGUGGGUGUAAGAGUUUCCUGGAUAUCCCUCGGACAUUGGAGUACUUGGAAACAGAGGGAGUGGGAGUUGCCACCUUUGCAGAUGGGCGCAAAGGCAAUGUCGACUUUCCUGCCUUCUUCUCAAGAGAUAGUGGUGUUAAGAGUCCGACCACUAUUCAGGAUGAAAUUGAGGCUGCUGCGAUUAUACAUGCCCAGCAUGCUCUGCAGAUUCAGUCAGGUUUGCUAUUUGCGAACCCGGUCCCUGAAGAAGCUGCCAUUCCCAAGGAGACCAUGGACAGUAUCAUAGAAGAAGCCAUUCGACAAGCCGACGCAUCAGGUGCCUCAGGCAAAGAUAACACGCCAUUCAUCUUGACCAAAAUAAAGGAACUGAGCAAAGGCGCAAGCAUACCCGCCAACCGGGCUUUGAUUGAGUCGAACGUCCGGAGAGCUACGAUUGUAGCAAGAGAAUUGGCCGUUCUAGAAGCCAAACAGGAAGAAGCCCAAGGACAUGGCUCCUCCUAUUUCACGCCUGUCCAGUCAAGUCUUGCUUCGACACAUGAAGCUCCAAUGAGCAAAGUCCAGUCUACAUCUCCGGAACCUCAAAGUGCGGGCAGCAGAACGUCAGUAGACGGUUCUAAAGUCGACAUAGUUGUCGCGGGUGCUCUGGCACUAGACAUAUCCUGUGACUUUGCGCCACUGUCAACAUCUCCCAAUCGAAUAGACCCUGAGCAGCACACUUCGAACCCAGCAGUGAUUACUCAAACCCUCGGCGGCGUUGCCCACAACAUCGCCAAAGCAGUCCAUUUCCUAGAUUCCUCUGUCCGGCUGUGCAGCACGAUUGGCGACGAUCUCAGCGGCCGCGCCGCUUUACAGCAACUAGAAGCUUCAGGCAUGCUCACGGACGGCAUACGCACGCUCCCUAGCCCUCACAAGACAGCACAAUACGUUGCCGUCAACAACGCCAACAAGGACCUCACCCUCGCCAUGGCAGACAUGAGUAUCCUCGAAACCAGCACCCCAUCCAGCAUCCACGACACCUGGCUCACCUCUCCCUCCCUAACCUCCAACCCCCCGAAAUGCCUCAUCGCCGACGCAAACUGGACACCCGAGAGCUUGCACGCCUGGCUCACGCACGGCAAACACAUCAACGCCCUCACCAUCUUCGAGCCCGUCUCCACCGCCAAAUCCACCCGCCUCCUCACCGCCAUCGCCGCCUCCUCCAAACACAACAACGACCAUGCCGCCGCCGUCUUCCCAAACCACAUCGUCGACCUCGCAACGCCAAACGCGCACGAACUCGCCGCCCUCCACUCCCACGCCCACCAACUCGACCUCUUCAGCACAAAGCACUGGUUCCGCGUCCUCGACGCCCUAGGCAUCCCAUCUUCGGGCCUCCGAGUCCCACUCGCGUACACCACAACCCCGGACCUCGUGGACGCCGGCCUCCCCCAACAAGCCAUCAAACUCCUCCCCUUCAUCCCCACGCUCGUCACAAAAUUAGGUCCCAAAGGCGUCCUCCUAACCAGACUCUUGCCCCUGGACGAUCCCGCCCUGAGCGACCCCGAGGAAGCGAAAUUCAUCCUCGCGCGGAACGCGAAUGGCGAUGUGGACGUCGGCGUGGGCGGACUGUAUGUCCGGCUCUUCGAGCCCGAGCGCGUAUUCGCGCCCGAGGAGGUGGUAAGUGUAAAUGGGGUUGGGGAUACGUUUUUGGGGGCGCUGGCGGUGGGGUUGGUCCGGGGAGGGAGGGUGCAGGAUGGGAUUGGGUUGGCGCAGAGGGCGGCGGGGUUGACGCUGGGGAGUAGGGAGAGUGUUAGUGAGGGGUUGAGGGAGUUGAGGGGGUGGGUGGAGGGAGGGAGGUGA